UCCACGUCUGCUUCACACGCCUCCUCCCGCAGGCCAAGAGCUUCCACUCCUCCUCCAUCCUCCGCCGCUCUGUUCGCAGCCGUGUCCAUCUCCGUUGGGUCCAGUUCAGUCCUGUCUAUGAUCUGACCUUCUUUCUCCCCUCUCUGAUCUGCUCCCAACAUACACCUCACCUUCCUUUGACAUCGACAUCCCUCCCGCCACCACCACUCUUGAUCUACUGGCAUCCGACUCGGUGUCUAGUCCGCCACUUCAACACGCCCAUCAUGGCUCCUCCCGCCUUGAGGAGCCUCCUCAUCGGGGCUCUGGCAUGUCUUCCUGUCCUGGCUUCCGCUCAGCGCAACUAUUCCACCACGGCCGACAUGCUGCGUGCCCAGCUCACCUUACUCGACGACCGGCCCUCUGAUUGUCCUCCAUGCUUCAACUGUCUUCUCCCUGCCCACAAGUGUACCCAGUUUGCCGGCUGCAAUGACUUCACUGGCAAAUGUAGCUGUCCCGAGGGCUUCGGCGGCGAUGACUGUCUCGAUCCACUGUGCGGAUCUCUCUCCCGUGGCGACAACACCGAUAGACCCCGACGGACCGGUGACAAUUGCGAAUGCGACGACGGCUGGACCGGCAUCAACUGCAACGUCUGCACAGAAAAUAAGGCCUGCGACGCCCUCAUGGAAACUAAGGAGGGCGGUGUCUGCUACCAGAACGGCGAGGUCAUCAACCACAAUUACCAAAUCUGCGAUGUUACCAACAAGAAGAUUACCGACCUUCUCGGAGAGAAGCGCCCCCAAGUCACCUUUACCUGCAAGAAAGAAGAGGGCAGCUGCGAUUUCCAAUUCUGGGUCGAUGAACGUGAAUCUUUCUACUGCCAUUUGAACGAGUGCAGCUCAAACGCCGAUAUCAACGACAGCCAGAACAGCACUGACUACAAGUGUAACAAGAUCCAAUGCGACUGCAUUCCAGACCGCAUGCUCUGUGGCGAGAACGGCUCCGUCGACAUUGGCGAAUUCUUGGUAGAGGAGAUCAAGGGCCCUGCAGAGUUCGAGUGCUUGCAGAAGAAUGGAGGCGUCAACAAUUGCGCCUUCAAAGAGCCCGCCAUGGACGACCUGAUUCUGUCCUUGAUCGGCGACAGUAGCAUCCAACUGAGCUGUCGCUCUGGAGAGUGUCUGUAUCACACCGAAGUCCCAGGUUACGAAAGGCCGGUCAAGAAGAUCAACACCCCACUCAUCGCCAGUAUCAUCGCCGCAUGCUCCCUUUUCGUUGUCGCCGUCAUCCUCCUCACGUGGUACCUCUCUCGCCGACAGUUCAAGUAUGGCGCCAUCGCUCUGGACGACUCCGACGACGAAAGCUUGAAGCUCAUGGCUGAUCACAAGCCUGCCUCUCUCUACUUUGAGAAUGUCGCCUACGAGCUCAAUGGAAAGAGAAUCUUGAACAACAUCCAGGGUAUGGCCCAUCCCGGAGAGGUGACCGCCAUUAUGGGUGCCUCAGGAGCUGGCAAGACCACUUUCCUCGAUAUCCUCGCACGAAAGAACAAGAGAGGUCAAGUCUCUGGCGACUUCUUCGUCAACGGUGAAAAGGUUACCGACAUCGAAUACAAGAACGUCAUCGGUUUUGUCGACCAAGAGGAUACCAUGCUGCCUACCCUGACCGUGCACGAGACCAUUUUGACGAGUGCCCUUCUUCGCCUGCCCCGGAACAUGGGUCGUGCUGCUAAGGAGCAACGCGUUUUCGAAGUUGAGAAGCAGCUGGGCAUUUACCACAUUCGGGACUCUCUCAUCGGCUCUGAGGAAGGCAAAGGCCGAGGUAUCUCUGGUGGAGAGAAGCGCAGAGUCGGCAUUGCCUGCGAACUCGUUACGAGCCCGUCUAUUCUGUUCUUGGACGAACCCACCAGCGGCUUGGAUGCUUACAACGCUUUCAAUGUCAUUGAAUGCCUCGUCACGCUCGCCAAGAACUACAAGCGUACUGUCGUCUUCACUAUUCACCAGCCGCGGUCCAACAUUGUUGCACUUUUCGACAGACUUGUUCUGCUGGCUCGUGGUGGCGCGGUUUACUCGGGACCUUUCUCUCAGUGCCAGGCUUACUUCGACCACAUUGGCUACUCGUGCCCUCCAGGCUUCAACAUUGCUGAUUACCUGGUCGAUCUCACCAUGCACGCCGGUGCCUCUACUUUGGAAGAUGAUGGAGCUCUGAACGCCGACGUUGCCAGCCUGGGUCCCAGCAGCACGACUGCAGUCAAGUCUAUCGCUAGCAUUUCUGGCGGUUCAAUCGGUGACGACAGCCUUGUUGAGUCUUCGUCUUCGCGUCCCAAGAACCACCGCCGUGAUUCCGUCAAGAUUCGCCAAGAAAGAGAGCUCUUCACUCGCCGCAAGAACACCGUUGACACGGCUGCUUCAUCGGAUGCCGGAGGCGAGGAUGUCGGAUCGUAUAAGCUUCAGAAUCAAUCCGGCUUUGUCCCGCCAGCCAAUGCUGAAGAUCCUCACGACCUUCCCCCUGCCGCAUAUGACGGAACUGAUCUCGACGUCUUGAUUCGAUCUUUCGCCGAGUCUGAUAUCGCCGGCUCUACGCACGAUGAAAUCCAGCAAUCCAUCACUGCUGCUCAGGGCGCCAAUGGACAGAAUGCCAACGGUUACAAUCCCGAGGGACCCAACAUUCACAUCAGCGCCAUCGGCAAGGGCUAUGUACGCGUUGGCUAUACCCGCCAGUUCAUCAUUCUGUCUCAACGCACGUGGAAGAACCUGUACAGGAACCCGAUUCUCAUGCUGACCCACUACGCCAUUGCCAUCCUCCUCGCGGUUCUGUCUGGGUACUUGUUCUAUGGAUUGACUGAUGAUAUUCCGGGUUUCCAGAAUCGCUUGGGUCUUUUCUUCUUCCUCUUGGCCUUGUUCGGAUUCAGCACUCUGACCAGCUUGAACGUCUUCGCCACUGAGAGACUCUUGUUCGUGCGAGAGCGCGCUAACGGCUACUACUCUCCCAUCACCUAUUUCGCUGCCAAGAUUUUGUUCGACAUUAUCCCAUUGCGAAUCAUUCCGCCGCUUCUCAUGGGUGCCAUCAUCUACCCGAUGACUGGCUUGGUUCCGGAUGCCAGCCACUUCUUCAAGUUUAUUCUCGUUCUGGUCUUAUUCAACUUCGCUGCCGCUGCGAUCUGCCUCUUCAUUGGCAUUAUCUGCAAGGACGGUGGAGUAGCCAACCUGAUUGGUAGUUUGGUUAUGUUGUUCAGCUUGCUCUUCGCUGGUCUGCUGCUCAACCACAACGCCAUUCCCAAGGCUGCUCUCUGGCUCCAGAUGCUGUCUAUCUUCCACUACGGUUUUGAGUCGCUCAUUGUCAACGAGGUGCUGCAACUCACACUGGUGGACAAGAAGUAUGGCCUGGACAUCACUGUUCCUGGAGCCGCCAUCUUGAGCUCUUUCGGUUUCAACAAUGACGCUCUUUGGACCGAUGUCGUCAGCCUCGGUACCUUUGGAGUCGUCUUCCUUAUUCUUGCCUAUGGCGCCAUGCACUUCCUUCUUGUCGAGAAGAGAUGAUCAUCGUGCGUGGCCAACUCGAGGCGACGUUCCAGGCGCUGUUUGGUAUACAAUUGUAAGAAUACAAGCGUGACGGCCACUGUAGCAAGAGCCGCAAUAGCUUCGGGUCAUUUCAUAGAGACCACACACAGAGAUACAUACAGCAAGUUUCCUUUCGAAUGGCAAUAAUCUGUCAAUGUGCAUAUGGGCAG